AUGAGGUUACCGCUAUUAGGCCUGUUACUAGGCUUUCUGUCAUAUGUAUCGGCCCUUUCAGCAGUCGGCAGCAAAUUGCUGGUCGUCAUCGAAGACGAGGCCGACAAGACCAAGUACUCGCAGUUCUGGAACGACUUGGAGACUCGAGAUUUCCAGAUAACAUACCGAUCACCGAAAGCGGCCGAUCUAUCCCUCUUCCUCCACGGCGUCCCAGCCUACUCGCACCUCCUACUGCUCCCCGUCAAGGCCAAAGGUCUUGGACCAGCUCUUACACCGAAUCUGCUUGUCGACUUCGUCAAUGGCGGGUCGAACAUCCUUCUUGCGCUCUCAGGACAGCAGGCAGUGCCCAGCGCAAUCAACAGCUUGCUUCUAGAGAUGGACAUCAGUCUGCCCGCGGACAGGACGAGCUUGACCGUCGACCACUUCAACUACGACACGAAGAGCGCAGCUGAGCAGCACGAUGUUCUCCUCCUCCCAAGUCCACAAUUGAAGAAGGGCGUCAAGAACUUCUUCACCGUUGAUGGCUUGAUCGCAUUCCCACACGCAGUCGCCCAAGUCUUGGGCAACGCAUCUCCUCUCCUCUCGACCAUCCUCAAGGCGCCUUCCACCGCCUACGUAUACAACCCCAAGGACGACUCCGAAACCGUCGAGGACCCAUUUGCGACCGGAUCGCAGAUCUCCCUCGUCUCAGCUUUCCAGGCUCGCAACAGCGCUCGAUUCGCCGUCCUAGGUAGCGCAGAGGCCCUUGAGGACAAGUGGUUCGAUGCCUCAGUGCAGCUGCCAGGUGCAGGCAAGAAGAGCGAGAAGGCAAGCAACAAGGCAUUCGCACAGAAGCUGUCUGCCUGGACAUUCAAAGAGCUGGGAGUGUUGAAGGUCAACCACAUCGAGCACUACCUUAACGAGGGCUCACAGAAGGGAAUCAAGAACACCACCGAAGUUGCCGGCAUCGAGCUCAAUCCGACGAUCUACCGCAUCAAGAACGACGUACACUACGAGAUUGAGGUGUCAGAAUGGGAAAACGACCACUGGGCACCAUUUGACGUCCCAGCUGGCGACAACUUCCAGCUGGAGUUCAGUAUGCUGUCGCCAUUCCACCGCUUGAACCUCCAAAAGAAGACACAGACCGCCAACAGCAGCAUAUACACCACGGAAUUCAGGACACCAGACCAACACGGUAUUUUCAACUUCUUCAUCGAGUACCGAAGACCUUUCUACACCAACCUUGAAGAGAAGAACACGGUGACAGUACGACACUUUGCCCACGACGAAUGGCCAAGGUCGUUUGUCAUCUCCGCAGCAUGGCCAUGGAUCAGCGGUAUUUGGAUCACCGUUGCAGGGUGGAUCGUGUUCGUGGCAGUGUGGCUGUACAGCAAGCCAGCUCAACCGAAGACGAAGACGAGGUAA